AUGUCUUCAGGCUCAGAUGACGAUAUGCCUCUCGCCAGGACGAACGGCCGUGUUUCCGCAACUCGCAUUUCAGACGGCGUCGAUAAAGCGAUGGACAAGGCUCUGUCCAAGCAGAAGACGAAACCUGCUCCAGUCGGAGUGUCUAUCCGAAACGGGCCAGUCGAAGAUAAAAUGGACGUGGAUGGGCCUUUUACAAAUGGAAAGCGCAAGUCUCGGGGCAGUACUUCAAAAGCCGUGAACUACAACGAUGGUAUCUCGGAGAGCGAUGAAGAUGCAGUGCCAUUGGCGAAACGUCAAAAGACCUUUAAAAAGGUGCAAGAUGUGGACUCCGAUGAUGACGUGCCGCUGGCCAAGAGGAAACCUGGAAAGUUGCCACCCAAGGCUACGGAAACUGCGUAUGGGGAGUCGUCGGAUGAUGAACCCUUAACCAAGCUGGCAGAGAAGAAAGCCUCGAUUGAAAAGAAGGCUGGCAGAGAAGCGAAAGCUAUUCGUGCUAAGGAGAAAAAGACCAAAAAGCCUGCCAAGGAUGACUCCGAGGACGAAGAUGUAAAGCCGAAGAUUAAACGGAAGUCAAACGGCGUUGCAUCUGCAAAAAAGACAAAUGGUGUGAAGAAGGACGAGUCGGACUCAGAUGCUCCGCUCGCGAAGAAGGCAUCGGCUAAGAAAGCAAAUGGCAAAGUUAAAACCGAAGCUACGUCUCCGGUGAAGAAAGGCAAGGCUAAGACGGAAGAGAGUGAGGAGGUUGAGGAGAUUUAUCGGUGGUGGGAUGCCCCGAAGAAGGAAGACGAUAGUAUCAAGUGGACAACUCUUUCGCACAACGGUGUUGUCUUUCCUCCACCAUACGAACCUCUGCCGAACCAUGUUAAGCUCCUGUACGACGGAGUACCAGUUACUCUUUCUGUUGAGGCUGAGGAAAUCGCUGGUUUCUUUGGUGCUAUGCUGAAUUCCACGCAUAAUGUCGAAAACCCCACAUUCCAGAAGAACUUUUUCGCAGACUUCGCUGAAGAGGUGAAGAAGACUGGAGGCGCCCGGGGCCCCGAUGGUAAUAAGAUUGCGAUUAAGGAUUUCUCAAAACUCGACUUCAAGCCAAUCUUCAACUAUUACGAUGCCAAAAAUCAAGAGAAAAAGGCUCGAUCAUCUGCAGAAAAGAAAGAAGACAAGGCUGCUAAAGAUGCAGCGGAAGCCCCAUACACAAACUGCAUCUGGGACGGCCGCAAAGAGCAGGUUGGAAAUUUUAGAGUCGAGCCUCCUGGACUCUUCCGAGGCCGUGGUGAGCAUCCUAAGACUGGCAAAGUCAAGCGUAGGGUGAUGCCAGAACAAAUUACUAUCAAUAUCGGCAAGGAAGCCACAGUUCCUACUCCACCGGAAGGCCACAAAUGGAAGGCUAUUCAGCAUGAUAAUAAAGCAACUUGGCUUGUCAUGUGGCAGGAGAAUAUCAACGGAGCUUACAAGUAUGUUAUGCUUGCGGCGAAGAGCAGCAUCAAAGGCCAGAGUGACUACAAGAAAUUUGAGAAGGCUCGGGAGCUCAAGAAGCAUAUCGACCGCAUUAGAGCUGACUAUGAACGGGACCUAAAGGCGGAACUUAUGGCUGACCGCCAACGAGCCACGGCAGUUUAUCUAAUCGACAAGUUUGCAUUGCGUGCCGGCAACGAGAAAGAUGCCGAGAAUGAGGCAGAAACAGUCGGAUGUUGUUCUUUGAAAUACGAGCACAUUCAGCUCAAACCGCCUAAUACAGUCAUUUUCGAUUUCCUUGGAAAAGACAGUAUUAGAUUCCACGACGAGGUUGUUGUUCAUGACCAAGUCUUUAAAAACCUGAAAAUCUUCAAAAAGCCACCCAAGAAGGAAGGUGAUGAUAUUUUUGACCGUCUCAACACGACACAACUGAACAAACAUUUAACCAACUAUAUGCCUGGUCUUAGCGCCAAGGUAUUCCGAACCUACAAUGCAUCCUUCACCAUGUCAACCCUUCUGAAGGAGCUCAAAACUUCCAACAUUUCGCUCCAGGAGAAGGUCAAGCUCUACAACGACUGCAAUAGGAAGGUCGCCAUUCUUUGCAAUCACAAGCGCACUGUUGGUGCCAGCCAUGAAGCUCAAAUGGAGAAGAUGACUGAUAGGAUCAAGGGACUGAAGUACCAAAAAUGGAGAAUCAAGCGUAUGAUUCUCGACAUUGACCCUAAGCAAAAGAAAAAGAAGGGCCCAGAAUGGUUUGAGUUGGACGAGGACCUCGAUGAAGCCUGGGUACUUGAGCAUCAAGUAUUCCUUGUCCAAGAAUUACGUACGAAGAUUGAGAAGAAAUUUCAGAAAGACAAUGAAAAGCUUGUCGCCGAGGGCCAGAAGGAAAUGAAGGCUAAGGAACUCGCAGAGCGACUGGGGGCAGCCGAUGAACUUGAGAAGAAGUUCAAGAAAGAAAAUAAGACGAAGAAGAUUGAGGCGGAGGGCAAAGGCCCAACCGUCGAAAAAUAUCUAACGAACAUACAAAAGCUCGACGAGCGGAUUGCUACAAUGAGCUUUCAAGCUGAAGAUCGAGAGGGCAACAAGGAGGUUGCGCUCGGCACUAGUAAAAUCAACUACAUCGAUCCUCGCCUCACGGUUGUUUUCGCAAAGAAAUUCAAUGUCCCGAUCGAAAAGUUCUUUUCGAAGACUCUUCGCGAAAAAUUCACUUGGGCUAUCGAGUCGAUUGAGGAUGAGGAGGAUUGGGAGUUCUGA